UCACUUGUUCAGCUGAUUCUAUCACGACCGACGAUUCCCUGCAUCAAGAACUCCUUGGAAACGUCGGAAUCGCGGCGUCGUCGAAGAAGUUCUUGCAGCAAGGAAGCAUUGAUGCUGCUUCUCAAAGAGAUAGUGCCUGCAGCACGGAACAACAUAGAUGCAAAAUGUAUACUUCUGGAGAAAGGAAGGACAACAUUAGAAGGGCAAAAUAAGACAUGCUUGGCACUUGUAGCUGAUGAGACUGCAGCAGUUCACUAUCAGUUCUGGGGCGAUGAGUGUGACGUUUUCGAGCCAGGCGACAUCAUCCAUUUGGCCAAUGGUAUUUUCUCUUACCACCGUAGUAAUCUUGUACUAAGGGCAGGCAAGAGAGGGAAAGUAGAGAAGGUAGGAGAGUUUACUAUGGCCUUUGUUGAGACACCAAACUUGAGUGAGAUUCAUUGGAUUCCUGACCCCACUAAUCCUAAAAAGUAUGUUCAGGAAUAUGUAAUAUCUCCACACUCUCGUGUUUUCCCUCCAAUAACUUAAGUAAUGAGCACUUUUAUUGUCAUGAACUUGUUCUCCACACAGUUCAAACCAAAUCUCUGGGCUGAUAACUUUGCUUUUGCUUUAA